GAGAUUUCCUCUGGAAGAUAUCCCUCAAGAUGAAAAGGAAGCUGCAAACUGGCUUCAUAAGCUUUACCAGGAAAAGGAUGCUUUGCAAGAGAUGUACAAUCAGGAAGGCAUCUUUCCUGGCCAGCAGUUUAAACCUCCUAGGAGACCAUGGACUCUCCUAAACUUUCUUUUUUGGGCCACAGUUCUCCUCUCUCCUCUCUUCACAUUUGGCUUUGGAGUUUUUGCAAGUGGAUCACCUCUCCUUAUCCUUGCAUUCCUGGGACUUGUUGGAGCAGCUUCCUUUGGAGUUCGUAGACUCAUAGGAGUAACUGAAAUAGAAAAAGGCUCCAGCUAUGGCAACCAGGAAUUCAAGAAAAAGGAAUAACUGACAGCUACAGUUCAACACAUAUAACCAGACUAUGGUAUCGGAUUAACUUCAGUGAAAAAACAACAACAAACACUUAGAAACUAUCUUUUUCUUAAUAACUGGUGACUAAUAUUAAUGAAUAAAACUUGAGCCAAGAAUGAAGAAGUUGGAGGCAUCAACUGAAGAGAACGCAUCAACUUUCUGCCUGUUUAAGGAUUACUGUAGUCAAACUAUGGGAGAAAAUCUGGGGUGGGGUGGAAGAAGACACUAAUUUUUCUUGCUUUGGGGGACUUGGGGGUGGGGGGAGAAAAGAGGGCAUUGGCCAUGGCCACGUGCAUCUUCAGAUGACUGAAUACACUGGUUUCUGUCAAGAGCACUGCACUCACUUUUACAACAAGAGCCGUUGAAUGUUUCCUCUUGCUAAAGCCAACGUAAUGUUUGUUGAUUUCCAACUUUUUUUUAUUAAUGAGCCAGGAAGAAACAACCCUUCUUAAAUUCAUUGGCAGAGGUUCAUUGGGUUAGAGUCAUUUUGGAAAGGCUGUGUUGUCAUGGCUACAGAUGAAAUCCUAUUUGUAUGUUACACUGAUACUUUUUAUUUUCAGGCAAUGUCUUAGAACUUCUGUAAUGAGAGAGAACGGAUAGUGGCGUUUGGAAGCAGUGCGUUAUUGAUCAGGACAUACCAUAGAACAGAUCCACUAGUAUUAAAACAGUAUAAAGUUCUCAUCCUAUCUCCUGCUAACUGCUCAAGGCGGUUUAAUUUCAAAAUAUUACUUCAGUCUUGAGAGUUGUUUGCCCUGUUUCACAUCAGACGUGUAUGAUA